GCUCCGUUUGAAUUAAACUUCAGGCUUUACAGGGGGGAGCUGCGUCCUGGUCUUUCCAUCCUGGUGAUAUGAGAGUCUCCAGGAGGCGCUGAUGGAGCUGCAGGAGUUCAGCUGGCUCUGCAUGGUGGCUCUCUUCUUAGCCUCCCUGCUCAUUGUGCUCAGAUGGCUGAUCCAGCAUUCCCUCACUCUGCUGCGGCUGUGGAAAUCCAGGAGGACAGCCAAGAAGCAUGGCGGCAAGCAGACAGCCUGGCAGCAUCAGCAUCUGCUCUUCCAGACCCCUCAGAGCCGCCAUGCUGGGGGCGUGUGGGGCUUCCUGCUGAAGCUGUGCUCUGGCAAAAAGGAUGGAGGUCCUACGUCUGAGGCGGGGGUCAGAGGCUUGCUGACCUCUCUGUUCUCCUUCAAGUCCUUCAGGGAGCACUGGCAGAGGACCUGGGUGAAGGCUCUGAACGAGCAGGCUCACAGGCACGGGAGCUCCUUCCAGAUUACUUUCGACAGCAGUCUCCAGUUCACUGCUGGCUCUGCGAUAGAGAGCGUGACCUGCGCUGACCAGGCGCCACAUCGAAUGGUUUUGCACUGUAAAUGUUGGGUGGAUACUUUGACUUUUCCUGUGACGGUCACCCAGCAGUCACCUGCUGCUGUUUCCAUGGACACCUAUCAGAUCUCUACUGCACCUGUGAUGGCAGAGGUGGUGGUGACCCUGGAGGAGGUGGAAGACGAGGGUCUGCUGGUAUCCUGGACUCUCUCCAGGCAGCCAUCAUUUUCUCUGACUGUGUCCUCGUGUAAACUGCAGUCCGCUGAGGCCGAAGCAGACCUGGACAUGAUCAAAGGAAUGGUUCAGGACGCUCUUUUCAGCACUCAAGCGGCCAUGGUCCUCAACCUGAAGACUUCUGAGCCAAGUUGUUCAUCCCCGAUGGAUCACCUCUCAGUUGGGGUGAACUCCUCAUCCCAGAGUGUCUUGGUGAGACGACUCCACCUCCGGCAGCUCAGCGUGACCUUAAGUAAAGGCCAGUGGUCCAGAUCAGGGGAGCUUUGCUGCGUCCUGAGCCUGGACCAGCCCUCUGCAGAGAGGAGAACCUGCUUCCGGCCUGUGCCCGCCAACCCCAGCGCUGCACUUGAAUGGAGUGAAGAAAUGACACUAGAUCUUGGCCCUGAAACCAAAGAGCUCAGAAUAAGGCUGGUGGAGCGGAGCGGCACCAGGGAACAGUUUCUUCCGGGUCACGCUUCUGUUGCUUGGAGCCUCCAAAGCAAAGUUCCCACUGGACAACAUGUUCUGUUUCUAAGCCCCGGUGAUGGCUUAUCACCCGAUGCCACCAUCACAGCUGAGCUGCUGUAUGUAGAAACCGAAGAGUUGUCCAGUUCCCAUAAUGCUUUGCCAAUCCGCUCCUCCCUCACCCCCACCAAGAAAGUGGACGUGGACCGAACCGUCAUGCCGGACGGAACCAUUGUCACCACCGUCACUACCGUCCAGUCUCGAGUUAAACUCGACCGCAGCCCAGGGGAUUCCCCGCUGUGUUCACCUUCCAAAGUGGAGAUGAACGAAAAUAAAGCCACGGUUUUGACUGACGACAGAGGCAGCAGCAGCCCCAACCCGAGCAGGAGCAGUCGCCUCUCUAAUGGCCUGGAUCCUGUUGCAGAGACAGCGAUUCGGCAGCUGACGGAGUCUGCAUCUAAAAUGGCACGGAAGACGCCGACAAAGAGGAGCACACUAAUCAUCUCUGGGGUGUCAAAGAUUCCACUCGGUGAGGAUCACUGCACGUUAUCAAGCGGCUACGCAGCGGCCAUGGACGCAGCCGUGCACGGCAACCACUACAGGACAGGCCAACACCAGGACCCGGAUGAAACCACACCCUCCGACGUGUCGGAGCGUCCCUCUGUGGAUGAUGUGGAAUCUGAUACUGGUUCCGCUGGGGCCUUGGAAACCCGCAGCCUGAAGGACCAUAAAGUGGGUUUCCUCCAGAGCGGCUCGAAGCUGUUGUUCCGCAGAAAACGCCGAGAGAAGGAGCCCUGCCUCAGCCAGUCCCACGAGGACAUUUCCAACAUGGGCAACAACUUCGCCGCCCCAGCCACGAGCAGCAGCCGUAAGAAGUCCGGCAGCUUCUCCCACCGUCUCAUCAAGCGCUUCUCCUUCCGCUCGUCCGGCAAAUCGAAAGGCAACGCCUCCGCCACGAACGGAGGAGCAAACUCCGUGGAGAACUGAUCAGGAGGGCCGGCGGAGCCCAAGAAGGGAAAGGCUUCAUCACUUUGUGGGUCGUCUUUACAAGAGGAUGCUGCUGGGAGGGAUCCUCUUUAACGCCCCCUCGGUACUGAAGUCAGGUGUGACGGGUCCAAACUGAGGAGAUGAACUUCACUUUCUGCGAGGAGAAUAAUCAGCAGCUCUGUGGGAAGGAAGGAGUCACUACGAUGAAACACUUUGAGCAUAGUUUGAACACAAACUAGCAUUUAAUCGAGACCGGGGGUGGAAAUGAUCAAUUUAAUGAUGUAGAUGCACUUUGGACUGAUGGGGUGUUUUUUUUUGGUA